GAAAUCUAAUCAAUUUUGCAAAAGUGUGAGAAAAAGCCGCAAAGGGUCGUUGUUGUUUGACGCCUCUCGAUGGCAGCUUCUUCAACUAAUGCUCGUCUCACCAACCCUCCUCAUGUACUCUCCAAACCACGACUCUCACCAACCUCCGUCGUCAAUCUUCGUUUUCCGGCCCCCGAUUUCUCUAGUCGCUUCUCUGCCGGUUCUUCGUCCCCGCAACUAAGGAGGGUGCCGUUUCCGGUGGUAUUUUCCGAUCGAAGCCGUCGGCGAACCAUGGAACAUAGCAAUGUCUAUGUGGCUUCAAAUUCCACGGAAAUGGAGAUUGGAAGUCAAGAUAUUGUGAAGAAUCCGAGCUUGAUCUGUGCUCCAGUGAUGGCGGAUUCAAUUGACAAGAUGGUGAUUGAAACGUUCAAAGCCCAUGAAUUGGGUGCUGACUUGGUUGAAAUUCGAUUAGAUUGGCUUAAGGAUUUCACCCCUCUUGAGGAUCUCAAAACCAUUAUUAAGAAAUCUCCUCUGCCCACUCUAUUCACCUACAGACCAAAAUGGGAAGGUGGUCAAUAUGAAGGUGAUGAAAACGAGAGACAGGAUGUGCUUCGUCUGGCCAUGGAGUUGGGAGCUGAUUACAUUGAUGUUGAACUUCAGGUUGCAGGUGAGUUCAUCAAAUCUAUUGACGGAAAGAAGCCUGAAAAUUUCAGAGUGAUUGUUUCAUCGCACAACUAUCAGAAUACCCCUUCUGUUGAGGAUCUCGAUGACCUUGUUGCAAGAAUACGACAGACUGGAGCCGACAUAGUGAAGAUUGCUACUACUGCUGUGGACAUUGCAGACGUUGCUCGCAUGUUCCAUAUAACCUCAAAUGCUCAAGUUCCCACAAUUGGACUUGUGAUGGGUGAGAGAGGUCUAAUGUCUCGGAUUCUUUGUUCCAAAUUUGGUGGUUAUUUGACCUUUGGCACCUUAGAUUCUGGUAAAGUUUCUGCGCCAGGUCAACCAACGAUCAAGGAUCUGUUGGAUCUUUACAACUUUAGAAGAAUUGGUCCUGACACAAAGGUGUAUGGAAUUAUUGGCAAGCCUGUCAGUCACAGCAAAUCACCUAUCGUUCACAAUCAAGCUUUCAAAUCAGUUGAUUUUAAUGGAGUAUAUGUUCACCUGUUAGUUGAUAAUCUUGCAAGCUUUCUUCAAGCAUACUCAUCCUCUGAUUUCGCUGGAUUCAGCUGUACAAUUCCCCACAAAGAAGCUGCAUUGCAAUGUUGUGAUGAGGUUGAUCCAUUGGCAAAGUCUAUAGGAGCUGUGAACACUAUACUAAGGAGAAAAAGCGACGGGAAGUUGUUGGGUUAUAACACAGAUUGUAUUGGUUCCAUAUCUGCUAUUGAGGAUGGCCUACGAAGAUCAGGUGAUCCAAGCAGUGGACCUUCUUCUUCUUCGCCAUUAGCCGGUAAAACAGUGGUGGUUAUUGGUGCUGGUGGAGCUGGCAAGGCACUUGCUUAUGGUGCAAAAGAAAAAGGGGCCAAAGUUGUAAUUGCUAAUAGAACUUACGAACGAGCACUAGAACUCGCGGAAGCAAUCGGAGGGAGAGCGUUAUCUCUCACAGAUUUAGAUAACUUUCACCCAGAAGAUGGCAUGGUUUUGGCCAACACCACAUCUAUGGGUAUGCAACCAAAUGUUGACGAGACUCCAAUUUCUAAGCAUGCAUUGAAGCACUACGCACUGGUCUUUGAUGCGGUAUAUACUCCGAGAAUCACACGACUGUUGCGGGAAGCAGAAGAAAGUGGAGCCAUAACUGUCUCAGGCUCAGAGAUGUUUGUCAGGCAGGCUUAUGAGCAGUUUGAGAUUUUCACCGGUUUACCCGCUCCAAAGGAACUAUACUGGCAAAUAAUGUCAAACUGGAUCAGAGCAGAGGUGGAAUUGGACAAGGUCAUUUAUACUACUUUCUCGGCUUGGGGUUUCUAUGAUACUUGUGCUGGAUUGAUAAUGAGUAUCAACAGAGAUGAGGCUCUUAGAGCCAAAGAUCUAGCGGAGGGUUUGAUGAAAAAGACUGACUUUACUGCUGCUCGUAAGCUUGCAUUGAAGGCUCAAAAAAUGGAUUCCAGCAUGGAGAACAUAUCUCGUAUGAUAAUGGUGUGUGAUGUUCACUGUGCUGCAACAGAGAAGCUGUUCGGAACUGAGAUGGAUUGGUACGGUAUACUUCAGGUUGAGCAGAUCGCUAAUGAUAUUACCAUCAAGAAACAGUACAAGAGGCUUGCUCUUCUUCUCCACCCUGAUAAAAAUAAGCUCCCGGGUGCUGAAUCUGCUUUUAAAUUGAUUGGUGAAGCCCAGAGGAUUCUUUUGGACAGAGAGAAAAGGACGCUUCAUGACAUUAAACGCAAAAGUUUGAGAAUGCCUGCAGCUGCACCGCCAUAUAAAACCCAACAGAUGCCGAAUUAUCACACACAACCUGUUUUUCGGGCAAGCGUCAAUACGAGGAACAUCUUCACCGAAUUGAGACCUGAAAACAGGCAUCCUUUCCAGAAAGCUCAAGCCCAACCAGCUGCUUUCAGUCACCCUACAACCUUUUGGACCACUUGUCCAUACUGCCGGACGAGGUAUGAAUAUCAACGGGCACAUGUCAACAAGGAAGUCACUUGUCGGCCUUGUAGUAAACGGUUCAGUGCUUUUGAAGAACCUUUGCAGAGUGCACCACCGGCGAAAGGGCCAUGUCAGACUACUUAUUCCUUCCCUCAACAGAGCAAAUUUCCAGACCAAAGGGCUUGCAGUGAACCACACAAGCGUCCAGAAAAUCCUCCUACUGUUUCCUCUAGCAAGGCGAGUUUCCCUAUGCCGGGUUCAACUGCAAAAAUCAAUGGGAAGAGGAAGAGAAAGAAUAUGGUUGAAUGUAGUGAAAGCUCUGACAGUGAAAGUAGCAGUGAGUCAGAAGAUGUGACUAUGGCAGCACAAGAUUUGGGGGCCAAUGGAGGAGAGCAGCCUCGGAGGUCAGUCCGUAGCAAGCAGAAGGUUUCCUAUAAUGAGAAUUUGAGCGAUGAUGAUGUAGACUUAGUCAACCACAAUGGGAAAGGGUCCGGAAAAAACAUAGAUACUGAAAGGGAAGAAGAGACAAAGGAGGAAAAGCAGACAAAUGAGGAUCAUAGCUCUACUGAAAGCAUAGACAUGAAGGGGAAGAUAAAAGUUGACCAGGUGGAAACCCCUUCUGGUGCGAGUGAUUCAGAGGAAGAUUUAAGUUCAGGGAGUGCAGAAAAACCAAAUUUGAUCAACUAUGAUGAUCCUGAUUUCAAUGAAUUCGAUAAGUUGAGGGAAAAAAGCUGUUUUCAAGCUGGCCAGAUCUGGGCUGUGUAUGAUGAAGAAGAGGGGAUGCCUAGAUUUUAUGCUCUCAUAAGAAAAGUUACAACUCCGGAUUUCAUGCUUAAGUACGUAUGGUUAGAGGUAGAUCAAGAUCAAGAGAAUGAAACACCAAAUUUGCCCGUCUCUGUUGGUAAGUUUAAAGUUGGGAAUAUGGAGGAGACGAAUGAGUGUUCCAUUUUCUCUCGUUUGGUCUACAGCACAACAAGAAUCAGGGGUCGCAAGUUUACGGUAUUCCCAAAGAAAGGAGAAACAUGGGCCCUUUUCAAGAACUGGGACAUCAACUGCUCCGCUGACUCAGUUUCUCCUAUUAAGUACGAGUAUGAAUUUGUUGAGAUCCUGUCAGAUCAUGCAGAGGGAGCCACGGUAUCAGUUGGGUUCUUGUCUAAAGUGAAAGGCUUUAACUGUGUUUUCUGUCCGAUGCCGAAGGAUGAGUCAAACACUUGUGAGAUUCCACCUCAUGAAUUCUGUAGAUUCUCACAUAGCAUUCCGUCAUUCAGAUUAACAGGAACAGAAGGAAGAGGCAUAACCAAGGGUUGGUAUGAGCUUGACCCAGCUGCUUUACCAGUCUCUGUCUCUCAAAUUCUAUCAGGAGAAGAAGCAGCUCAAGAGCGAGACCAUCAAUCUCCACCUUCAGGAUCUGCCUCUUGAUAUUAUCUCAGUCAGAGGCUCUGUUGUGUCCAUGACUUGCUCAAAUCAAAGUUCUUGGGGCUCGUUUAUUUUGUUAAGGCGUACAGGUUUACAGACAAGAGAAACCAAAGCUCCUCAGAGGCUUCGUUAAGCUCGAUCCCUCUCUGUUGUCUUGUGACAUACUCGAGUCAUGAUACUGGUUGGAUUUUUUUUGUUAUAUGUCUAGCUCUUGCGUUUCUUUUCUUUUUAGGUUCACUCAGACUUGAAACUAAACCAGUAUUUGUCUC